GCUCUGCGCACUUCCGCGAGAUAUUGAGGAAAUAGUGUCACUCAUUUUAUCUUGCAAGCGGUUUUCGGUCGCGCUCAAAUAUCAAAACAAACUAUUGAUAACAAUACAUUAUAACUCACACCAUUUUACUUGGUUUUAACAUCGUGGAUCAUUGACACUUAAAGAGAACAUAUGUUUCCAUUAAAUAAUCGCAUUUAUAUCUGUGAAUUAUCAUAAUUAACGAUAAUAACGAAUAAUUGUGCACGGAGAUUUUAUAAUAAGCAUAACAGAUUUGUAUCGAAAGUCAAGAAAACAUUGAAAAUGGGAAACAUCACAAAAACUCUGAAAAUAUUUCAGCAAGCGUUUAUUGUGUUAACUGUUGUGUACAUUUUACUAAUUCAACCAACAGCUUCAAGGCCUGACGAUAACAAUCUGUCUGUGUGUAAAGCGUUCACAAGGAACAAGGAAAUCAAGAAACGUAUAGAAACCAGACAGAGACAUGCUCCUCCGUGCGCAUGCGCCGAACAACAAAUGACGUUGGACAGUUCUUUCCAGAAAAUAGAUAGAUGUUAUGUACAAUGGUUCUUUGAAUAUGGCGUCAAACAAAAAUGCUGCUACAAUGAAAUUGGCGAAUUACAAUUAGGUGUUCCAGGCGGAGGAUAUCUCUUGUUAGAAGAAAUAAAUAUGUCGUAUAUUAAAGGAAGCUGCUGUAGUAAUACAGAAACAUGUCACGUGUUCUAUGAAAUUAACCAAUCACACAACUGCAGUUCAUAUAGUCCUCUUCAAACAGUAACAUCGUGGGGUGAUCCAACAAUACAGACUGUUGAUGGUGCAGAGUAUGAUUUCAAUGGUCAUGGUGAAUACGUGUUUCUUAAAACAAGUCGUUUGGAGAUUCAGGCCAGGACUGAUUACGUUACUUCCACUAACAAAGACGCAACUGUAUUCUCGGCGUUUGCCCUUUUUGAUAAGCCGUCGGGCGAGCAAAUUGAAUUCCAUCAUAAUAAAACUGCAGAAGAUAUUAUUAUUUACCGGAAUGGAACGAAAUAUUGUAAUGCAAAGAGAGACGGCAUAAACAGACCACAACCUUGUCGUAACCCUCCUAAUCCUAAUUACAAGUGUUUUAUACUUGCUGGGGCAGGGAUAGUAUUGGUUCAAAGAUGUGGUGUUGGAGUCUUUGCAAGUAACAUACAAAUAAGUACUGCUGGACAAUUUAUGAAACUGACAAUUACAAAAUCUCAAACGACGGAUAUAGAACCUAUGAAUAUAUCUGGCCUGGCCGGAAAACUUCAAAAUGGCAACCUCUUAGGAAGACACGGUUCACAGGUGGACAUUAAUGCCACCGCUUAUGCGAUAUACAAUUUAAGUGAAACAUGGGCACUUCAAAACGAAAAUGAGAGUCUUUUCUUCUAUAACAUAACUGGUGGUAACUAUACAGUAUACAAUGGACAACAUACUGUACCACGAUUUCUGGAGACACUUGUAGGAAACCUGACGGAGCUAUUUAAAACCUUUUCGCCUGAAAAUAUAACACUGUUCAAUAAGACGUGUAGAAAUUACUGGAACAGUGAACCCAAUAAGCAAUGUUUGCUUACAAUUGCAAGAACGAAGGAUUUUAGUAUUGGAUUAGAUGUUAUGACCGAGGUUAAUGAAACACGAAGAAAAUGGGAGAUACUGAACAAUGAAGCUCCUAAAUUCCUGGAUGGAAUGCCGAAAAAUAUUACAGUAAUUUUCAAAAAAGAUUUGUAUUGGGCGUUAGACCUGAAAGAAUAUGCAAGUGACGAUGCAGACACCGCAUUAACAUACAGCAUUCAAACAGGCCUUCCAAAAGAAGAAUAUUCACUCGACAAUGGUGUGUUUAACUGGACUAUCGGAACAGGAUUACGACACAUAGACACGCAUUUUAUUUUCCUUGCCACGGAUCGUUUCAACACCACAGCAAGCCGCGAGGUCUCUAUACAAUACUGCGGAUGCAAUGAGCCUGUUGAAUGCAAAUUUGAUGUCAGUCAUUCGAUUGCUACAGGAAAACUUAUACAGAAAGCCACCUGCGAAUGCCUGAAGUAUUAUGAAGGGGAUUUCUGUGAAAAGUUUACGAACCCUUGUGAGAACAGCUCCCUUGAAUGUUACAGUGGGCUCUGUAAUGCCACUGUGCCCAAAGCGGACCCAUCGGAUAAGACAUGGCCUUGUUCUCCAUGCCCAAAGGGGCGACAUGAAAAUUUUAUCGGUGACAAACAAAACUGUGAAGAUAUUGACGAAUGUGCCACUACAGAACACAUAUGUCAUCAGGGGUGUGACAACACUAACGGCUCCUACAGGUGUACGUGUGAGAAAGGAUAUGAUCUUGACAGUGAUGGCUCCCAUUGCAGUGACAUAAAUGAAUGUAUCGACAAUGGCCUAUGUAGCCAAACAGAAGUAUGUGUAAACACUAUUGGAAGUUAUACAUGCAAUUGUGCACCAGGUUCUAUGCGUCAUGAAGAAACGAGUACAUGCGUACCUAUAGUGGCUAAAACUUACGUUUCCACAAUUUCAUUUUCCGUCGUUAUAACACAAGGAUUUGACAAAGAAAUGAUAGAUACUGAGGAGAAUAGAAAUAAUAUACAGAAGAAGCUUCAAGAAAGAUAUGAAAAUUCAACAGGCUUUAUAGGAGUACAGGUGGUCAAGCUCUCAAUAACAAUAUUGAUUUCUGGAAACAGCGCAAGAAGGAAACGCGCAAACGAGGAAGGUACUUUGGAUGCACAAUACAUUCUUUACUGGAAAAAUCUAACAAACACAACGACCAUACAGAAAGCUCUCGAAAACACAGAUUCGAUGGAUAGCACAGACAGCCUUCUAGAGGCAGAUGGGGUAAUCACUGGCUUAUUUUUGACAAGUGUAGCCAACCUCUCUGUGAAUACAGAUAUCUGUUCCAUUCCUGGACAACAUGAUUGUGACCAUUUAAGUACGGAGUGUGUAAACCUGGAAGGUGGCUACAAAUGCAAGUGUUUAGCGGGUUACGUAUACGCGGAGUACAGCAAAAAAUAUUGUACAGAAAUAAAUGAGUGUGACUUGUUUGUGAAAGCUAAUUCAACUGAAGACCGUUGCGUGCACGGCUCCUGUGUAAAUGUUCCUGGGUCUUGGAAUUGCACAUGCCCUAAAGACAGGCUGUGGCAGAGUGUUGGUAAUGAUUCAGUAUCAGUUUACAGGUGUCAAGGAAAUUACAGUUAUAUAGGUACCAUCAGAUUCCAUUUGAUGUUUGCUACUUCGAGUGAAGAAGAAAUAGUCGCCUUUGUUAAAGAUCAGCUGAGUGUGACAUUUGGCAAUAAAUCUCUCCAUGAGGAAGCAAACUACGACAUUCAUAUCAGCAGCAUUUUUGUCCAUGCAACUGUACUGACGAUAGAAGAGGACAAAAGCGCAUCCAAUUAUACGCAUGGAAGUUACGAUAUCAUGUUCACUCUGAGACUGGGCGAAAUUGUUGACACAGAUAGACUGAUAAGUGUAAUGAAAAUUCUUUCCGGAAGACGAAACCUUCACAUAAAUAACCGGUCUGACGUUUAUGUCAAAGACUUUCGUAUAUUCAAUGAUUCAGAAAAUAUUCUUUGCAAUCUGACUUCAUACGGCGAUUGUGACGAAGCGACAACAUAUUGCCAACAGCGUAAUGGGACAACGCACUGUGUAUGUAAGUCUGGAUUCGAAAAACGCAGCGAAGCAGACAAAUUCUGCCGAGAUAUAAAUGAAUGUACAAACACGACAUACAAUUGUCUUGGUGGCAGGUGUGAUAAUUAUCCCGGAAACUGGUCAUGUACAUGUAAUGAAAAAAGCUUUGUGCCAGUUCGAGUAGAUGAUUAUACUCUAAAUUGCACAGAAGUACAUUUUAACGCAUGUAAUUCAUAUCCAAACUUCGAAUGUCGAAAUGGAAAUAGAUCUUGUAUCAACGAUAGGUGGACAUGUAACUGCAGGAAAGGAGCUCUGGCAGUAGCAGAGACUGAUGUACUCUACAUAUGUGAAGAUGAGGACGAAUGCGUUAUUAGAAACAACACAUGUUCUAGUCAUGGGAAAUGCAAAAACCACGCGAAUGGUUUUACAUGUGACUGCGAUGAAGGUUAUGGACGGAAUGAUAGCGAUCCAUUUAAUGUAACUUGCAUUGAUAUCGACGAAUGUCAAUCACCAGACUACAGCUGUGUCAAUGGGUUCUGUGGUAAUACUGUCGGUAACUGGACAUGCUCAUGCAAUGAAACAGGUUUUGUUAGAAAACAAGUGACUCCAAAUGCCAUAGUUUGUGAAGAUAUCGAUGAAUGUAAGAACGAACAUUUUUUCUGCGGUGGUGAGUGUACUAACAGCUUUGGAAGUUGGACAUGUGAUUGUACGGCUGGUUUCACAAAAUACACAAACAACGACCAAAUUACUUGCGAAGAUAUCAAUGAAUGUGAUCGGAAAGAUGCAUGUAUUGACUCUGCGUGUAAAAAUCUGGAUGGUUCCUGGACAUGUUUAUGUCAAGAUGGCAAGGAACCCAAAAAGAUUAAUGAUUCUACAAUAGCUUGUACAGGAUAG